UAUCCAUUGAAUGAAGAAAGUCCUUUGCAGAAGAGGAAAACGCAGUUGUGCAUAAAACAAAGUUUAUCCGUUUACCUCGAUUUCCGUUCAAUUCUCCACCUCUAAAUUUAUCUACUAAUAACAAAAUCAAAUCUCUCUAUUAAGGGGACUAUCUUGAAAAAAAAUACACGAAAAAAUUUAUCGGAAAAACCAAAUUAAAAAAAAGAAAAAUAUGAUGGGAAGGCAGCAGCAAAAUAAUCAUCAGGAUUACCAGCAGUCAUCCAAGAUAUUCUACGAGCUAUCAGCUCUAGUUUUGAAUAUUAUGCGAUCGCCUCCCUUGUCGAUUGAUUUUUCCGAUCAAACUCCGGCGAUCCAACGGCGGGGUAGGGAGGUGGUGGGGCCGUCUUUUCAGCAGAUAACUCCGGCGGGUUUUGCUUCCCUGCUGCUUGGGGUUUCGUUAUCCCUGAUGCUGUGUGGAUCGGUGACUUUUUUCCUUGGUUUUAUUUUGAUGCCGUGGGUUCUUGGAUUGGUCGUUUUCUUGUACUUUGUCGGCAUAGUUUCGAGCGUUUCGAUGAUUGGGAGAUCCAUUUUUUGUCAUAAUUAUUCCCCUUCUCCGCCCAGGAAAGAUUUUCCUUCGUGGAAGCUUUUGUGACGACAAUUUAGAUACGAGCUGGUGCGAAGGACUUAAAAGCAGCAGGUUUGCUGUUUGGUUUCCGUACCGGUUCAAAUUGACGUACUCCAGUUGGGGAACUGUGGAUACUACUUUUCUCGUUCGAGGGAUUCUACGAACAUGUGGAUUUAUUGAAGAAUGAACUGUGAUACAUUUCAUUAGCCUUGUUUUUUUUUUUUUUCUUGCUGGUUUGCUAGGAACAUCUAUUAUAUGUUGCUGCAUGUUCUCUCUCUUGAAAGAGAUUUUUUUUUUUUUUUUUUUUUUUUUGAGCUUUUAAAUAUGUAUAUGAAUUGUAGACUGUAUGAUAAUUCCUAUCUUCUGAGAAAUGAAUUAUGUUUGCUGAAAUUGAUAAGAUAUGUGUUGGGCAUAUACAAUUGAGGGUAUUCUGGUCUUUGUUCA